AAAUAAUAAUGGAUAUGGCAUGGCGGGAAAUACCGACGGUUCCGGGGAAGUGUACUGGACAAGUUUCUCAACUCUCAAGAGUCGUCUCUCUCUCUCUCUACUGUGUAAAGUGUGCGGUUACUACUUACGGUGCCAACCAUCGUUCUCCAUAUUAAAUACUCUCUCUCUCUCUCUCUCUCUCCAUUUCCCUCCAAAUCUAUAGUUUCCCUCCACCCUUCUCUUCUUCCUCACUUCCAUUUUCAAAUCCUCCUAAAUCCUUCCUCUUCCAUAGUAGAAUGGUUCAAACCAGAGCAACCCCUAAACCCUCCAAAUCCAACCACAUCCACCCUCUCACUCCAGCUCAAACCCACGAAUCUUCUUCCCUUUCCGCCACCGCUUCUCUUCCCCUCACCUCCCCCCUCCUCCGCCGCAGCCUCCGCCUCGCCUCCCUCUCUGACUCCGAUCCUCCCCCCCCCCCCGCCACUACUCCCGAUUCCUCCGUUAGGGUUUCCACUGGCAACCGGAAGCGAAAGACCGACUUAACCGGCUCAGAACGCGAUGUUGACCAAAGGGCAAAGGGUUUUCUAAACUUGAGAUCAGGAAAAAAAGUUCUCAAGCGAGCAAUGGCCAACGAUUCACUUAACGAUUACAAAAGUGAAAACGGUGAAGCGAAGAAUGACUCGCCGGAGACUAGUAAUGACGUGGAUGGUGAAGUUCGAACAAGACAACUCAGCAGAGAAGAGAAAGGAAAAGCUGUGGUGGUUGAUGGCUCCUCGCGGGAAGAAUCCAAAGCGGAGAACUCAACCGUCGACGUUACUGCAGAUGCAGAUAAUGGAGCUUCGCAUGUUCGAGAACGUUCCAGAAGCUCUAUCACGAAAGAGCGGGGUUCCGGUUCCCGGAGGAACGGUUACAUGGAACGCUUCCACGACAUAGCGAGGGAGAACGCGUCUCGGUUCGCUCAUUUUGAACCGGAAGAAGAAAACGAUGACCACCCACCUCCGGUUUUCGAAGAGCCACAUGACGAAAUUGAGGACUGGCCUGGUCCUUUCUCCACAGCUAUGAAAAUAAUCAAAGACAGAGGGAUGAAACUGCAGAACGUUGGAAUGGGACGCGAUACAUCGCGAACGAACUUAUGUGAAUCUAUUUCUUGGGUUCCUAAAGCGAAGGUAGGGAAUGCUGGUGUUAGCGUUUCGGUUCCGUCUUUGCAAGAAAUGUGCCUUAAGAUUCUCUCGAAGAACGUUGAUGCAAUUGUUUCGCUGGAGAGUGUGCCUGAUGUUCUGAGACACCGGCUUAGCCAGUUGCUCUGCGACUCGAGGAAGAUGAACAGCCACUUUUUUGAACUUCUGGUGCGUGGAACUCCCACUGAGAUUCGGUUAAGGGAUUGCUCGUGGUUGACGGAGGAACAUUUUACCGAGUGUUUUCAAAUGUGUGACACUUCAAAUUUGGUGGUACUACAACUUGACCAGUGUGGGCGCUGUUUGCCAGAUUAUGUAAUAGUUGCUACUUUGGCUAAGUCACCAAGGCAUUUACCUAGAUUAACUACUCUAUCCUUUAGUGGUGGGUGUCGUCUUUCAGAUGGGGGUUUGCGUGCACUUGUUUCUUCUGCUCCAGCACUUAGAUCAAUAAAUCUCAGCCAGUGCUCCCUUCUCACAUCUGCUAGUCUUUAUAUUUUAGCUGAAUCACUAAGAUCUCUUUUGAAAGAGUUGUACCUUGAUGAUUGCCAAGGCAUUGAUGCUGCACUAGUUGUGCCUGCGCUAAUGGAGCUUGAACAUUUAGAAGUGUUGUCAGUAGCUGGUAUACAAACUGUUUGUGAUGAAUUUGUCAAGAAUUACAUUGUUGCACGUGGGCAAAACAUGAAAGAGCUUGUUUUGAAGGACUGUAUAAACUUGACUGAUGCAUCAAUCAAAGUCAUUGCUGAGCACUGUCCUGGAUUAUGUGUGCUUGAUCUUAUGAACUUGUGCAAAUUAACGGAUUUAUCCAUUGGAUAUCUUACUAAUGGUUGUCAUGCACUUAAUACCCUGAAGCUUUGCCGUAACUCAUUCAGUGAUGAAGCAAUUGCUGCAUUUGUGGAGACCACUGGACAGUCACUGAAGGAACUGUCACUUAAUAACAUUAAGAAGGUUGGUUACCAUACAACCUUGUCACUUGCAAACCAUGCGAAAAAUUUGCAUUCGCUAGAUCUAUCGUGGUGCCGAAAUUUGACAGACAAUGCGUUGGGUUUGAUUGUUGACAGCUGCCUGUCGCUGAGGUUACUUAAACUUUUUGGAUGCACUCAGGUAACAGAUGUAUUUCUUAAUGGCCACUCAAACCUACAGAUCCAGAUAAUUGGUUUGAAGAUGUCUCCUGUAUUGCAACAUGUCAAAGUUCCGGAUCCUCAUCAAAGUGCUUUGAGUUAUUCAUCAGUCUCCGUAGAUUUGGUAUAUUAGAAUGGAAAUUGAAAUAUAUGAUGUAGGCAUUUGGCACAAAUAUGUCUAAGAUAUUUCUAGUAGAACCAGAUCAGACGAAAGCCUUUUUGCUAAAAUGCCUUCAAUUGAUGGAGAUGUUUGACUUGACGUCUGAGCUGCCCGUUUUGUCAUGUAUGUUUUUGGUCUGGUAAACGAAUAUUAACUGAAUGAAACAUUUUUUCUUUUACAACUGUUCUGCUUGAGCAUUUUAUUGUUUCCUUGAUAUACCGAACAUCAAACUAAUUUAUUU